CGAGGAGACGCUCUUUAUUAUUGGGAGAGAAAAAGCGGAGAGGUGGGGGGAGACAGAGAGAGACAGCGUGAGCCCGGAGACGGCACAGACCGUGGCGGGGGGACGGGAGAGAGGAGGACACCGACACCGACAGUCGGCGGCGUCGCUCGGAUGGUGUUGUUGUUGCUCCGGACGCGGCGACGAUGCGGCCACACUGCUGGGCGAUGGUAGCGGUGGCGGGGAUCAUGUCGUACUUCAGCCCGGAGAGAGCCCUCGGAGUCCCGCAGAGGGAAGUUUCUCAGUCCAGGGCUGCUUCCCUCUCUCCUCCACCCUACGUCGUCAUCCUCAUCUCUUGUUCGGGGCUCGUCUCUUUUGUUCUGCUGCUCCUGACCUGCCUGUGCUGUAAGAGAGGAGGAGUGGGGUUCAAUGUAAGUCUUCAACAUGAGUUCGACAAUGCAGACGGGGAGGAGUGCUCUGGAGGCUCCAGUCCCAUCCAGGAGGACAGCCUGUCGUCAUGUCCCUCCCUCCCUGAGGUCUACACCUUGCCAGUCAGAGACAGGCCCAACUGCCCCGCCCUGCAGGAUGGAGCAGAUUCCAAGUCUCAGUGCUUCAAAAGGCACACUUUAAACUACCUUCAGGAGAUAGGAAAUGGCUGGUUCGGAAAGGUGAUCCUGGCUGAAGUGCUGUGUGACUGCAGCUCCUCUCAGGCCAUCGUGAAGGAGCUGCGUGUCAGUGCCAGCCCUCUGGAGCAGAGGAAGUUCUUGGCCGAGUCUGAGCCGUACAGGAGUCUUAAACAUCCCAACGUCCUUCAGUGUUUGGGGCAGUGCAGUGAGAGCAUCCCCUUCCUCCUGGUUAUGGAGUUCUGUCAGCUGGGUGACCUGAAGAGGUAUCUGAGAGCCCAGCGCAAGGCAGAUGGGAUGACCCCUGACCUGCCGACCCGGGACCUCUUGACUCUUCAGAGAAUGGCUUUUGAGAUCACCUCCGGUCUGUUGCAUCUCCAUGAAAACAACUACAUCCACAGUGAUCUGGCUUUGAGAAACUGCCUGCUGACCUCAGACCUCACUGUUAGGAUAGGCGACUAUGGCCUUUCACACAACCAUUAUAAGGAGGACUAUUACCUAACUCCAGACAAGCUGUGGAUCCCACUACGCUGGAUUGCUCCUGAACUGCUGGAGGAGUACAGAGGGUCUCUCAUCGUUACUGACCAAACCAAGACCAGCAACGUGUGGUCCUUGGGGGUAGUUAUAUGGGAGCUGUUUGAGUUUGGCUCUCAGCCCCACAGACACCUGAGCGACGAGGAGGUGCUGACCUUCGUGAUCAGGGAGAGACAGAUCACCCUGGCCCAGCCCAGACUCAAACUCUCCCAUGCAGACUACUGGUAUGAGAUCAUGCAGUCCUGCUGGCUACCUCCAUCUCAACGCCCUUCUGUAGCGGAGAUAUUCCUCCUCCUCUCCUCCCUCCUGGCAGCCGAACGAGGGAUAGCGAGGGGAAGUGUCGGGGAAGAGGACGAAGAGGAUGAAGAAUAUGAGGAUGGCAGAGGAAGGAGAGGGGAGAGCGAGGAGUCGUUUGAAAGACGCUGGGACUUACUGCGUCCACCCGCCUUCCAGGCUGCAGCAAACGAGCGGCAAAGGGAGAGAGACUACGGCAGGGAGGACAGAGACAACUCCUACCCCCUGCUGGACCCUGUUGGGAACUGUAUCACCCCGUCCUCAUCUGAACUGGAUGACAUCCUGACUGUCACUGAGACUAGCAAAGGGUUGAACUUUGAGUAUUUCUGGGAGAAAGCUCAUGCCAGACGAGGCUACAAACCUCUUCCCCCUCCUCAGCCAAUCCCGACUGUGAACAAUAACCACAGACAGUCUUUGGACACGCCCACAGUGGUGCCAGUGAUAAGCGCACGGAGUCCGUCCCUCGCCAGCGAGUACUACAUCAGAUUGGAGGAGCACACUCCCCAGGACAAGUCGCCGACUCUUAAAGGAAAGACCCACGCCUCUUUCCGUUCUGACUCGGUUUGCCCUGGAGACAUGGAACUGGUGGAAAUUCGCAGCGGCAUGCUCGGAAAAGAGCGAGUCCCUUAUUGCACUUCUGACAAGUGUGGGAAGGGCCUCCAGACCAUCAGAUCAAGCGAGGUUCAAAUCCAGGUGCCCAACAUGGGUGUUGCUGAGUUCAAAGACACUUCGAGCAGGGUGACUGACUUCUCAGUCGUCGACUUAGGGGAUGAUGAUGAAGACGAGAGGAAAAAGAGCGGUGAGGUGGAUAGAAAAUCAAGUUCUCAAGCCCCGGUCCUUCCUCCCAAGCCUCGCUCCAUGUCCAUGUCAUCUGCCAACCACCUUCACUCACGUCCCCUCCCAGCCCCUCCGCUUGGAUAUAGAGGACUUCCUCACUACACCAUUGCUGGAAAAAUUGAAACAGACCCCCAUCACAUGAGCAGCUGCCCGCCUUCUACUUUUGAUCACCUGGGGCUGCAUCGUGCCCGACAGACUCUACCCCCAUCUCCGUCUCUCUCCCCCUCCCUCCCCCCGUCGAGCCAUCCAAUUUACCCCCAACCUCCUCAGAUGUGCCCUCCACCUCUCCCUCCUCACUCCAAACCACAAAGAUGCUACAACACAAUUGACACUUACUUGCGAUACAGCAAGCCACAGAUGCAGAGAUCCAAUAGAGACCCACUAACCUGUGACUCCGACAGAGACGGUGGAACCAGGCACUCGUCGUUGCACAACUCAAAGGAGACUUCUCAUUCUCGUGCAAAAGACUUUGACUCCCCUGUUCGUCGGGAAAACCCAUUGCGCCCUAUUUAUCGCAACUUACCCCGACCUCAGCCCACAAACCACCAAAUUGAUCGACAGUCUUCAUCCAGUCCCACCUACUCAGAUGAGGAUGACUCUCCCUUCAUGUCCCCUGAGAGACCCAGCAGUGGGACUACUGUCACUCAUUCCAGCCUAUCUGAGGAUGCCGACCCGGCCUGUGCAGAGCUUUUCUCCAGGGGAAUGAAAAGGACUCAGUCACGCCUCGACACCAUCCUUCCUACUAUUUGGAAGGAAGACGCUGAACUUCAGGCAGAACGUGUGGCAGCUGCCAAGAAAUCCCCCAUGCAUCUGUUUCUGACAGAGAUAUCUAGUGUGGCAGAGUCUACUGAGUCGAAGUCAGAGGCGGCAUGGGAGGAGGAGAAGGAGGAGAAACGAGAUGGAGAGAGAUGGGGGAACUUUGUGCUGCCCAAUAGAGGGAUGCGUCGCUCCCGGUCGCUGAUCACAGAGCUGGGGUCAGCGGGACAGUCAUGGGUGCCGGAGAAACGUUGCAACAGGACAGGAGCUGAGGAGGACAGUACAGUCACUAAAGAAUCAUUCCAGAGGGACCUUUUCCUCACAGAAAUCGACACAGGAAGGAUGGACACAGAUCUGGAGGGAGGAUCAGAAAGUGAUCCAGUAAAAUACCUCUACCCUGCAGGAUCCAGAUUGCGACCAUACGUCUGCGCUCCAGGCCUUCCCUCAUACACCGAGGCAGAGGAGGCAUAUUCAAAGGGCAUACGGAGAUCGCGCUCUCUCCUCUCCGAGAUCACCCUCGGAAAGCAAGAGUCCAACCUGCAGCAGACUGAGAAGGAGCCUCGGAGAACGGAAAUGACCAGGGAAGAGUUCCUUAAGGAGAUCCAAUCAGCGGAGACCUUCUUGACUGAAAUCAUAUCAAGACAAAACGCUACCACCAACAAAAAGGAAGCAGACUCAUCUUGCUCGCCUACACCGCUGUCUCCUGAAUAUGAGUCCAUAUGCAUUGACCCAAACUCCGCUCAGACCAUCAGGUUUCAGUCAGAAAGCUCCAUGCGAGCGAAGUGCAAAGAUGAUACACAAACCGAGGCCAUCUACGCCCAAGUGACCAAGCGUGCGAAAAAGAGCGAGAUAAAGAUUUCUAUAAGACCAGAGAUCCCGAUCCUUCAUAUAGGAUCGAACAGACAGCCGAUUAAACAGGACAGCCAAGGAAGCGACGGUGACCACUGCCAAUCUGAUGAAUUUGUGUUUUCAGAAAUCAUGCCCAAAAACGGUCUUCUGCACAACCAAACACUUGCAUGUGAGAAAGAAGCGGAGGAGUGUUCAGAUGGUCCGGCCUUACCUGCCAGAGGAGAGCACACAGAUCUCUUGGAGCAGCCUCCUCCUGAGUCCACUGAGAGCGUUAAAGAAACCAACACUGUGCUACCAUGUGAGAACAAAUCACAAGAUACAAAUGAAACAGAUAUGCAGAAAGCUGCUGUUAUAGGCAAUGGCGAGGUGAUGAAAGAAGAUGUGCAGGUGAGCAGCAGUGUUUCUGCAUUCGACUCUGAAUGCAUCACAGCAGAUGAUGAUUUGGAGAAAAACGUAGGUUCUCCAAAUCACAAUGUAAGCUUUGCCAUGAUGACAAGAGAAAGUUUAGCUCAAGAAAAGCAGUGUCACGUUAGCCAAAAGGUGCCCACUCCUGCCUGCACUCCAACCACUCCAGAAUGGGACCCAUCCUCUGACGUCUCCCUCGUCACCCCCACCGACUCGGUCUUGUCACCCAUGACAUCCAACUCAGCCGACUGCCUCACGCCUAGUGACUCAUGGACGAGCAGUGGAGGAGGAGGAGGAGGAGGAGGAGGAGGAGUGGGAAACGGAGGGUGGAGAGCUUUGGGAAAUGAAACACCACAUCGAGACUCUGCCUAUUUCUCAGACAGUGACUGGGAGGGGGACGGGAUGAACAGGAGGAGCAGUGAUGGACUCAUCGCCUCCAGGCCGAGCAGCAGUCGAGGAGGCGGAGGGGAUCGGGGAACACUGACAGGGAUAGAGGAGAAAACUGAGGAGGAGGGAGAGAUGAGCCCCUUUAGAAAGAGCACACAGAUUUUAGACAACAAAGGUGAAAGUGGACAACGGAGUGAGGAAACUUUAUAUCAACUUGCUCCAGAAAUCUCUUAUUCAGGCGAUGACAAAGAUAUUCUAAACAAAGGGCUGGAGUUAACACAGAGAGACGAUUCUGGCAUUUUCCCAAACGAGAGCAGAAAGUCAACACUGCUGUGUGACGAUCCCCAGGCCAAGGACUGUGUCGACUUAAUUGAUAAGUUGUUUUCAGACUUAGAUGACGAGCCACUGAAAGGGCUCCCACACGGCACUGGGUAUCCGAUAGACAACCACUUCACAGAUGGCAUCGUCUCUCAGAUAACAGGUUGCAUAUACCAGGAUUCUGCGGAGAAUGAUUUAAAUCUACAUUCCAAGGGUAUCGCUGAGACAAAUAUUUUGAUCGAGUCUGUAUCUGGCAGCCAGUCAAAGGACUGCGUGUUAAAGCCCAGCAACAAUGAAUACACAAGUGCUACAGAGAGGGAUAUUGAUCUCUCGGCACUGAACUCCCUCAAAUGUGGAAAUGACACUGUGGAAUCUGUAACACUGACACAAGUUGACAACAGAGAGUCAAGACUAUCUAAACUGUAUGGCGUUCAAACCGCCGAUGCCACACUAAGUGAUGAAACCCUGUCAGCGGUCGAGCCAAAUGAUGAUGGGAAGCCUGUCUUUGAUAAAGUGAGCCCCUCUUGGGCUGCAGAGCCUGAAGAGAGCCCUGGACUGGACCACAACGAGCUGGGUUUGAGAAACCUGCACUGCGAGGACAAGAAGGUCCCAACAGAGACGGAGAAACAGCUGGCUGCCUCAGAGCUGAGUAACGCCAUGAAGGAAAAGUCGCCUCUGAGAGGAGGAGCAAACCAGAUGGACUCGAAUAAUGUGGAUAAGGACUCCUGCGAGGGCCUGGACGUUAAGACUAAAGAGCUAUGGAUCGCCCUGGAGGAGGAUGAAGAAAGUACAGGAUCUGUUAGAGGAGAGUUUGACUGCAACCGUUUUUCUCAGUCAGGGGAUUUACGCUUGUGGCCGGAUGAAAAUGACCAGUGGGCCUCUCCGGAGAGACGAUGCCAGGACUCAGACCUGAGAUCUGAAUUUUUCUCCGGGUUCAGUAAUAAAGCCUGGGAGGUCGGGGAGAGGCUCGUCGUGGGUCAGGAGUUUUGGGAGACUGAGGGAAACGAUGAACUUGCAGGAAGCGAGCCUCACCCUGCCAUCCUGGAGGGCUGCGAAGAAAUCUGGAAUGAUGAAACACAAGGAGUUGCCAUGAAGGAAAUGUGGGACUCUGAAGAGCAGCAGACAGUCCAAGUGGUGGAUGUCCAGCAAGAGGAAAAUAUUGAAAACCUCCGAGAAUGUUGCACCUUUAACAAAGAGCUGAAAAGAGAUGUCUCAGAUAUUGAAAUAGAGAAUUUAGAAACCCCGGCGCAGGAGACGCUGGAGAAAGGGGAGAUUUCGUCAUGCACAGAGACAGUCAGGGACAGGGCGGGUCUGCUAGACUCCAGAGAGACAGAGGAGAAUCAAAAUUUUAACAGAUGGCCUCAGAAUCACCUCUGCACGAUCCAAAAAGAGGAGCAGACAGCAGCUGAGCAUGUUGACACAGAAACAGACUCUAAUUUAGAGAGCGACUUCAGCGGCACUUCAGAGAGUAAAAGCUCGAGUGUUACUAUUUGCAUCACCGAAGCUCCUCGUGUGAACUUUUCAGACCUGGAAAAUGUUGAAUCAGCCGUAGAUUCAGAGGCAGAGGCGAGAUCAUGGCAGUGCACAGAGGAAGGAGUGAGCAUUGUGAACGUACAGGAGGGUUUCAGAGACAUGUCCCUGCCGUCCAAUCCCAGUGACCUUGACGAGCAAGAGGAGAUAGAUCAGGUCGACAAUUUCAGCUCCGUGGAUUUUCCCAGUCCCCCACCGAGCAUAGACCUUGAUGUGCAAGAUGAUAAAUUGGAGAGUUUAGACGACUCUUUUCCUAGCCCACCGCCAUCUGUUAUCGAGGCAGAGGAGUUUAUUAGUCACAUUAAUCUGGAGGAUUUUAUAGUGAGCACCGAGGCAGAGACGUAUAUUUCCCCAACUCACAACACAGAUGUCUCAGAGCCACCUGCUACAACUCAGAAUAUAGGAAUCUCCGCCAAUCUGAACCUCCCCUCUGUGCACAUAACACUGGCCGAUGAGAGCAACUUUACAUCGGACACAGAGGAGCAGGAUGAAGACAAUGAUCUGUUCCAGAAAACAUCGCCUGCCACCACAUCUUCUCCUCAAGUCCCCCCCAACAAUCUCCCUGAAUUAUUGAUUUCUGAGUGGAAAGACCUGGACGAGGAGCCCUUGGAAGAUUUUGAGAAACUUGAACAACUGUGCUGCAUAUCAGGAGAUGAGGAGGACCUUUUCCUGGGAAAUUUAGAACUUCUGGAGUCUUUGAAGAAAACCCCCGAUCAGAAAGGCAGCAGUGAUAGUAAUACAGGUGAGGAGACAUAUGGCUUCUCCGCCCCUGAGGGGAGCAUGAUCGAUUUGAAGGGGGAGGGGAUCUCUGACGACUCUGAUAAGCUGGUAGAGUCGGCACCGCAUGUGAUCCUGCACCCGCAGGACAAGCUGUCACCUGAGGAGGAGAGGGAUGAAAGGCAGAGAUCCCCGGGCCAAACAUCCGAAGUCAAAGAUCAGGGAACUCUCUCGAAGAUGACAACAAAAAAUGGCCUCAUGAUGCAGGUGUGCGAGGAGAGGCUACAGUUCUCCCUCAGUGAAAAUGUGAAAACGAAUGUACUUUGGGGGUCGACGGUUAAAGACACCGUGACACUGCGGCCAUGGGGGGAACAAAUCACAGAGAACAGCACCGAGCUGGUCCCUGUGAAAGAGCAACAAGAGGAGGAAAGCCACGACGAGUAUGAAAGUUCCCCCAUCACUGAGCCGCACACCGAGUCUGACGAAACUAAAUCCGAGCCGCUCACUGUGAUUGAACAACCUGAGGUCACAACCCCUCAGCUGACCGCAAACCAGGCAAUGAAAGCAAAACUAGCUCGCCUGUCCCUCGCCCUCCCUCCCCUCGCUCUGACGCUUCCCCUCACCCCCACCGGUAAAGGAGGAUUUGGGGACGGUGCGAUCGGAAACCGUAUCGGCAGACGGAGAGGUCUGUCCUCGGGAAGCGACCCUGACGAGGAGGAGGACGAUGAGCAGGAGGACGAAAGCUCCCGGAGGGUGAUCGUCGUCACGGAAACAGACGUGGACAAACGUGUCGGGCUGAGGAGUCUGCUGAAAUCACCCAAGGAGCCGAUGGACAGGGAGAGGGACAGAGGAAGAAAUGUGUCCUUUUUUGAUGAUGUCACAAUCUAUCUUUUUGAUCAGGAAACUCCAACAAAUGAGUUGGGCAGUUCAGCGCCCACCAGUCCAGCCCCAGUGUCAGUCAAGAGCACCAAGCUGGAUUUACGGGGGCCAAAGAGCAAGGAAUCAAAAAGAAAAGAGGAUUUCUCAAUCAAACCCAGGUCACCUGUGGGGGCCAAUCCAGUGACAUCAUCACGCUUCACUGUCAGCCCUGCCAAUGACCCCCACUUGGUGUGAUGUUACACGUGGUUGUGGGAGACUUUAGAGCUGAACCCUCUUGGACUGGCCAGUGAAUUAAACCCAACAACCAGCCAUUCACCCAGAGGCUAUUUUUUUAUUGAAUAGGCAACUGAAAGAAUGAGACUCCCGUUCUAAAAGCUGGACACAUUCCAGGUUUUACCAGCGACAGGAUUUUGUAUGACGGGGUUGUUGCGCUCCUGCCUGCCACUAUUUACAGAGUUUAUUCAUAGCCCCUCGGCUACAAAAGUCUUUGGAAAAGGCAGCGUAUGUUAGGAGAAGAGGAGCCUGGAGCUUUGUAAAAUCUGAAACAGAUUUGACAGCUAUGCAGUGGGAGUCUUGCUGUGUACCAGCUUACCUUCUCUUUUUCUGCUUCAUUUUGUUGUAUUAUUAUUCCCCAGAUGUGCAGGGGAAUGCACUUUCUUUAGUCAUUCAUCCGUCUAUGUAAACGCUUGGAUUCCAGCCCUCUCUUUAUUAAAGAUGAUUUUCAUUGCAGUCAGUCAGUUGUUCUUGUAGGCAGCAGUUUGCGACAGAAAUCGCUCGACUCCUGUAUUUGAGAAAACCCAUUUGCAUUUGUACAAAUAUCAUAAUACAAGUGUAUACAAUAUCAUUUUAGAGCUGUUUACUUUUAGAUGUAUUCUUAGACUGCACGAAAAAUGAAACAAGCUAUGCUUCUUUAUACUUUCAGUUCUAAAAGGGUUUCUUUUGUUACGGUUAAUUUAUAUAUUUAUUACAUUGUUUUAUUUAUGUAAAGCCAGUUUCCAUGCAAUAUUUUAUUUAUUUGGUUAUUUAUUUACUUAUUUAUUUAUCAAUUUAUUUAUUUGCUUUUCUGCGAUUAAUAUAUAUUAACUUAGCUAUAAUUUGUUUGGGACAGAAUGCAUCUAGGUUAUACCUUCUCUAAGAUCUUCAUAACAAAUAAAUCAAAAAUAUUUUCCCAAACGUCUUAAUUGCUAAAAAAGUAUUUUGUAUAAUUUUACUUGUUAAUAUAUGCCAAUCUGUAUGGAACAAUGUCCUGUAAUGUGUCAUUAUUUUCCACUGUCUAUGAAUUUUUAGCUGUCUUGUCAUUCUUUUACCUUGUUUUAUGACCGUUAAUGUAGCUUAGCAUGAAAAAUCAAGGCCUCUCAUCAGUAAAUAACUCCAUUUGUUUGUGUAUCUGUUAAUUUACCCCAUUUUCUACUAAUAACAGUCCAUCAUGCAGUCGAGAUCCAACUAGUCCAUUUGUUUAGUCUGUUUAAAUGUUGGUUUAAAACCUGUAUUGUUUAAAGAAUGGUUUUCAAGGGAUAAUGUAUAAACAAGGGGAAAUAAAAACUUCAAAAUGUGAACCUCUUA